AGAGAAGCUGUUGCUUUUAUUUGUUUCUGACAUGAAAUUAAAAAUGUCUGUACAAAUUUUUCUUUUUGCCAUUUCUACACUUCUUGUGAAAGAAAUUAGUGGCCAUGGCAUGUUGUUAGAACCACCGAAUAGAAGUUCGAUAUGGAGAUUCGACCAAACAGCUACACCGAAUUACCAGGAUAACCAGAAUUUCUGUGGAGGAGCAUACGUUCAAUGGGACCUCAAUGGUGGUCUUUGUGGUCUCUGUGGUGACUCGUAUUCAGACCCUCACCCCCAGGCCAACGAAAAUACUGGAACUUUUGGUCAAGGCAGAAUCGUUCGAACGUACCAAGCUGGAAGUACUAUCGAUGUCGAAGUACUUCUUACCAAAAACCAUUUAGGAAGUUUCACCUUCAGUUUGUGUGCACUUCAAAACAUAAAUGCUCCAGAAAGUGGAGAAGAUUGUUUUGAAGUGUUGCCGCUGAUCGAUGGUUCCGCUCAGUACACAGUGGGUCCUAGUGAUACCGAUGUCAAAUUGUCUCUUCAGCUGCCACAGGGAAAAACAUGCGAUCAGUGUGUUUUGAGAUGGCAUUACCGCACAGGGAAUAACUGGGGAGAUUGUGGAGAUGGUACAUGGGCGAAAGGAUGCGGAGCUCAGGAAACAUUCCGUAAUUGCGCUGAUGUAGCGAUAGUCUAAGAACAUUAACCUGAUUUUGUAAAGUGCAAAUUGUAACACAAACUGAGUAGUAACAGAAUUGUGUUUUGUAAUAAAUUGUAUACAUUUA